AUGACGAAGGCCGGCAGGAUCGAAGAGGCCGUGGAGGAGAUGCUGGUUUUGGAGAAGAAGACCCGCACCUCUUCGGAUGGCAUCUCCACCUCGAAGCUCUUGUCGAAGAUCGUGCAGGUCUAUUGGGACAAGAAGGACUGGCCGAAGCUUCACGAGCACAUCGUGAUGUUGGCGAAGAAGCGCGGACAGCUGAAGCGGGCGAUCACGGACAUGGUACAUCUCGCCAUGGGAUGGCUUGAGGGGCUGGACAAGGAGAAGAAGCUCGAGUUGAUCGCCACGCUCAAUGAAGUCACCGAUGGCAAGAUCUUCGUCGAGGUGGAGAAAGCGAAGCUGACGCAGAUGCAGGCGGAGAUAAAAGAGGCCGAGGGCAACAUCGAGGAGGCCGCCAACCUCCUGCAGGAGGUCCAGGUCGAGGCAUUCGGUGCCAUGGAGCGGAGAGAGAAGACCGAGUACAUCUUGAACCAGAUGCGGCUGGUGUUGCUGAAGAAGGAUUUCGUUAGGACCCAGAUCAUCAGCAGAAAGAUCAACCCCAAGCUUCUCGACGCGGACGACUUUCAGGACCUGAAGAUCCGGUACAACGAGUACAUGGUCAAGUAUUGGCUUCACGAGAAGGAUAUGAUGAACGUCUGCAAGUGCUACCUUGCGAUCUUCAACACGGCGACUGUGAAAGCAGACGAGGCGAAGUGGACUGCGGCGCUGACUGCACACACGCUUUAUCUGACUCUGGCCAAAUAUGACAACGAGCAGGACGACAUGCUCAACAAGCUGGACACGUUCGAGAAGAAGAAGCUGGACAAGGUCCCAGCGUUCAAGCAGAUCAUCAAGAUCUUCCUCAAGAAAGAGGUUGUGGCGUGGCCCCUGGAGCAGGAGGCCGAGCUGAAGGCGCAUCCAGUCUUCCAGGAGUCCCCACACGAGGGCGCGGAUAAGCGCUGGGAGUUGCUCCGGAAGCGCGUCGUGCAGCACAAUAUCAAGGUCAUCACCGAGUAUUACGAGCAGAUCCACAUGAAGCGUCUCUGCGAACUCAUAGGCCUGACCGAACAGGAGGCCGAGGCCGAGCUCUCCGAACUGGUGUGCUCGAAGUUUGUCCACGCGAAGAUGGAUAGGCCAGCCGGCACGAUCAAAUUCGGGCAGAAGCAGACGUACACGGACCGCCUCAACGAUUGGUCGGGCAGCAUCUCGAAGAUGCUCGAUCUCGUGGAGAACUCCUGCCACCUCAUACAGAAGGAGCAGAUGAUCCACGCCGCGCGCUCGAAGCUGAAGCCCAAGAAAUGA